AUGGCUCUUCUCCAGAACUUUAAGGUAAUAGUUCAUCCCGCCAAAGCUUCAAACAUAAAAAAGGCCAUGGAUGUGUUGGUAAAGUCCCAAGACUUGGAAACAGAGGAGACCUCUCUCCAGUACUUCCAGAAGGAGUUUCUGAGCAUGAUUAAGUCCCAUGACUCCUUCACUCAUGAGCUUAGCAAGGUAAACGCUAAGAUGGUGGAACUGGAGGCGGUUGACGUAGAGCUUACCAAAUUCAGUGCUGAAUGGCUUCAGUUGAAGGAAGACAUGCAAUUCAAUGAAGCAAGCAUCAUGGCCACCUCCAAUGAAAUUGCGGAUUUGAAGACAAAACUAGCACAAGCUGAAGGUCGCCUGGUUGAACUUCGAAAUGAAGCCACAAUUCUAGCCAAGCAACAUGAUGAUAUGAAAGCUGGAUCAAAGAGCCAGAAGAUGAAACUAAACCUCUUGGUCGAAGAGAUGCCAAAUUUUCGUGGACAGAAUGAAGCAAGCAUCAUGGCCACCUCCAAUGAAAUUGCGGAUUUGAAGACAAAACUAGCACAAGCUGAAGGUCGCCUGGUUGAACUUCGAAAUGAAGCCACAAUUCUAGCCAAGCAACAUGAUGAUAUGAAAGCUGGAUCAAAGAGCCAGAAGAUGAAACUAAACCUCUUGGUCGAAGAGAUGCCAAAUUUUCGUGGACAGAAUGAAGCAAGCAUCAUGGCCACCUCCAAUGAAAUUGCGGAUUUGAAGACAAAACUAGCACAAGCUGAAGGUCGCCUGGUUGAACUUCGAAAUGAAGCCACAAUUCUAGCCAAGCAACAUGAUGAUAUGAAAGCUGGAUCAAAGAGCCAGAAGAUGAAACUAAACCUCUUGGUCGAAGAGAUGCCAAAUUUUCGUGGACAGAAGGAAAUGGUUGAAGCCCAACUUGCCAGUUUUGACACCUCCUGGGAGAAUCUCAAAAAUAGUCUUGAAGGCCUUUUGUAG